CGUGAGCAACCCGGGUUUCCACGCACAAAUUCCACGCCAAGUCCUACGGGAACCCUGUUGUCCUAUCGUGCUAAACAAAACCCGUUACGUCUGGCAAUGCCGGUACAUUUGGCGGUGUUCAAUUGUUUGACGAGAUUAUUUGGCACUGAGAUUAUCACAAAACCAUGAAAAGGUUAACUGAACUGUGUGAUAAGCAUUUUAAUAGCACUUCCCUGUAUGAUGUGUUAGGAGUAGACAAAGAUGUUGAUGAUGCAGCAGUGAAAAGAGCAUAUUACAAGCAAUCACUAAAAGUUCACCCAGACAGAGUUGGUGAAGAGGAGAAAGAAAAUGCAACUGAAAAGUUUCAAACUCUUGGCAAAGUCUAUUCAAUCUUGAGUGAUCAGGAAAAACGAAAAAUUUAUGACGAAACAGGAUGUGUUGACGAUGAUGAUUUCGUGAAGGCUGACAUGAACUGGGAAGAUUAUUGGAGACUUCUUUUCAAAAAAGUAACAGAGCAAGAUAUUACAGAAUUUGAAAACAAAUACAAAGGGUCUGAAGAAGAAACUUUAGAUGUUAAACAACUGUAUGAGCGUUACAAGGGAGAUAUGGACAAGAUUAUGAGCUCAGUAUUGUGUGCAACUACUGAUGAUGAGCCUAGAAUACGAGAAAUUAUUCAAAAGAUGGUAGAUAAUACUGAGAUACCUAGCUACAAAGCUUUUACUUCUGAACCGAAGAAAAAGCGAGACGCUCGAAAAAAGAAAGGCGAACGCGAAGCCAAAAUGGCGGAAAAAAUGGCCGAAGAAUUGGGCCUUAAGAAUUCCCUAGAUGGAAGUGAAGACAGUCUCCGAUCCUUAAUUCAAAAGAGGAACAUGGAUAGAGCCGCCUCAGCAAACAAUUUUUUCAGUGCGCUUGAGGCUAAGUACGGAGGUAAAACAUCCAAGAAACGAAGCACUAGUAAAAGGAAAGAGAAAAACGAAAGCAAUGAUGAUAGUGAAGAGGACGAAGUGUUGCCUCAAAGAAGCAAGAAAGGAAGGGUCUCAAAGAAAUGAAAUUAAAGUUUUUCUUUUUUCAUCCUACAUAGGCUUAUAAAUCUCAAAUAAAGGAACAUACGUGACAACUUAUACAAUUCAGAAAUACCAUGAAACAUGCAUAACGCCUUGAUUCAGUUGAAGGUUUCAAUGUAUUUAACAGAAUGCAAUUUCGGCCCACAUAUACAAGCUUGUUCCAGGAUUUCGAACCAACACAAGUGAUGCAGAAAUCUGUGAAACGGAACUAAUGACUAUGUAUCCACGACCAAUACCUUUUCCUUCACUGAGGCCGAAAUCUCCCUGGGUAACGAAUCCUAUUACCGGCCGUGCAUAAGAAGUCUUCAAAUUGCAAGACAUUGGUAACCAUAACGAACGCAUUUUUUCCUUAUGAAUAGCAAUUACUGCGGCACUGGAAAAAUCUGUAA